AUGGAUCAUGACAUCAAGGCCAUCGAUUGGAAGACCUUGGCAUCGGCAGGUGUCCGCGGCGUGGUCCUCGACAAGGACAACACAAUCACUCUUCCCUACUCGCGGACUGUCUACCUCCCGCUGGUCAACUCGGUCCGCGCCGCUCUGUCGGCCUUUGGCACGGACAACGUCGUUGUCUUCUCCAACUCGGCCGGAUCCGCCGACGAUGUUGGCUUUGCCGAGGCUGACUCGCUCUCGGCCAUGCUCGGCAUCCCGGUCCUCAAGCACGGUGGAAAGAAGCCCGAUGGCGCCGACGCGCUCAAGGCCCACUUUGGCCUGCCCGACGCAAGCGACGACGGCCUGGCCUCAUACGCCAUGAUCGGCGACCGCCACCUGACCGACGUCGUUUUUGGCAACGCCAACGGCAUGCUCACCAUCAAGACCGAGCUUCUCUCCACAGAGAACGACAACCAGGUUGCCUCGAUCAUGCGCCGCUACGAGGCCAAGUACGCCGCCAAGCUCGUCGCCGACGGCCUCUCCGCCCCCGAUCAUCCGCUCGCAAACCACCCGGACAUCGUCACCAUGCUCUCCACCACGCCGCCGCCACCCAAGCCGUGA